AUGACCGAAUUAGUAGUUUCAUCAAAUUGCAUCGAUGAACCGGGUUAUGGUGAAUUUCUGGAAAAAAUUGCAUUUGUAAUUGAAGAUUGUACUAAAUCCGGAAUGCGAUGGACUUCGGUAGUUCUGAAGCAGUUGAUCAGUAGAGCGAUGAAGCAUAUUUUGUGCCAUAAAAUACAAAUGCAGUGCUAUAAUAUUACGACAUGGGAUCCUCAGAAAGGAAUUUGCGACAUAAAUUUUCCAGCAUGCAUAAUGCGAACGUAUGCUGAAAACCAUUGCAGAGAAUUUGAAAAUGAUUUAGAAUUAGCAUAUUAUAUGUGUAUGUCGGGUGCAACAAAAUGUAGCAACAAGAGAGAAGUGAUUGAUGAAUGUGCGAAAGAAUAUAUGACAGAGAUAAAACGGAUCAUUGGAGAGAUUGAUAAACGACGUAAUUUGGCUGCUAAUAAAAUUUAA